AUGGAACAAACCUCACAAGACACAUACUACUCAAGCGGCCCAGGCUCACUCAAUAAAAUCACACCACGAGCUCUCCUCAACCUCCCAUCCAAAAUCGUGGAACAUAUCAUUCACGCUCUGUGCCAGUCUUGCCAGUCGUGCGAUCACGGCUGCGAGCCUACAGUGGCCGGGCGUGCUUACAUCACAAGCGCCUCUCGUAUCCCAUCACCUACGAUGCCCUGGUUCGUCAGCGAGGUAUCCAGUAGGCCCAUAGGGGCGGCUCCUUGGCCGACAUUCGAUACGUUGAGGCCAAUCUCUUUCUUUGGUGUAUAUGGCUUUGUCCCUGAUAACGCCUCUGUAGGCUCGACAUCAUCGUCGAGGGGUCUCACUCGUCUCAAGGACGCCAAGCUUCACAUCACCGAUUCCAAGGCUGGCCUGUCUACAGAAGGCCAGGCUGUAUCAACUGAACUUACUCCCGCGUGGGGUGGUAGUCAACUGAUUGGCAAGCUUCCAAAUAUCACCAGUCUUCAUAUCCACGGCAUCACACAACUCAAGUUCUUGAACGAUCCCCCUCUGCUUGAGUGCUGUAGAUCGCUGGAGGUCUUCAUCUUCAGUCGGGACGAGUCCCCCGACGGUAGCAUCAUCCAAGAGCUGAGUUGGAACAACUGGAGCCUCGAUUUGGAGAUCACCCCACGUCAAAUAGUUGAUCAAAUCAGCAUAAAGGUACCCAAAGCCCUGAAGCAUUUGGUUAUCGGACCAUGGUUUGGGUGGGAGGGUCAGUACGCACCGACGCAUGUGUAUUACCGCAAUCGUAAUCAGUUCAUGCAGGAGAAGCUUGCAAAAAGGAAUGUUAUUGGAUCGCUUCGGCACUUUAGGAAUCUUGAAGAGGUUCAUCUUUGUCAAGAUGUGGUACUUGGACCCCCCAAGUGCAUGGCCCCCGAUGAAAAUGGGUACCUUUUACUAGAAACGCCACCUCUCAGCUUGAAGAAGCUCAAAAUCUCGGGGACAAAGGCACCUCACAUCUUGCUUGAUAAAGCUCCUCGAGGCGACAUGUAUGAUGAACCUCCACGAGAUUUGUUUGAGCUGCACAAAUCCGUUCAGCAGCAGAGCUUGAUGAGUGAUUGGCCUAGGAUUGAUGAGAAGGAUCUGAUUUAUCUCACGAAGGGCUUCAAACAGAAGGGUGUGGCCUUCUAUGCGGACCAGGGAGGUAAGCAACAUGUCAUAGGGUCUUUCUUAAUACAACUACAUUUGGCAAUACUAUCCCAUAAUCUGCUAAAUGUCACGCGCUUCGUUCAAUACUACGACAUUAACCCAAAGAAACACGAUGCGAUAUCCCUGAGCGAUUCACCUCACCGAGUCUCACCGAGAAUGACCGAGCCAUCAAGGUCGCGAUUCCUGAUUGGGCGAUCUGGAACUGCAUGGAAGGAUAAUUCGCCGGCCGGCCGAACUACAGGUCCGGACGGGGCCGAAUUGGGAGCUUCGACCGUCGGUGAAGCCAAAAAAAGCAAAGGGCACACAGAGUUCAUUCCCCACGAAUUGCCUCGGCUCGCCCACUCCCAUUUCAAAGCCGCCUUGGACGCCGUCGCCGUCGUCCAAUCGGGACUCGCCCAACCUCACCAUGUUCCAUCCAUCUCGCACUCGCAGGGCCUUUUUCGAUUGGCGAUGAUUAGUAGCGCGUCCGGUGCCAGCCAAACAGACAGCCCAGCAGUCACGCCAGUAUCUGCACCCCCGACACGAGCCCGGACGGCAUUGCACAUCCUUGGCCCGCCCCAAACCCGCUUCUCGAACACUCAACCCACCCCGCGACCCUCCUUUUGGGAUCAUCAAUGGAACGGUCAACGGCCAGCACCCCAGCACAUCUCCGUUCCCGACGUCCCCGUUCCCGCAUGGUCGCAUCGGCCGCAAUCGCAAGCAUUGCAGCUUCGCUUCCGGGGGACCCUGAGAGCUUGGUGCCUCUCGAAUCCUCCGACGUCCAAGGCUCCAGAGUUCAAGGGAGAUAAUGUCCCGCCCCUCGGCAUGUCACGCAGUAAUCCGCCGCCUUUUGGUACGGAAAUCUUCCUGAACUCCUGGAGCGAGAGAGUCUGCGACCUGCCACCUUCAUAUCGAGUAUCGACCUUGUGUCCUGCCCCUCGGAGCAGAAGCAGUCUAGCUAGGGUCGCGCGUUGCCCGCAGCCCGCCAGCCCCUCCUUAACCCAUAUGAAGAAAAGGUCCGGUGGGAAAAGACCCUCCGACUCCAUUUGUUGUUCGGGCGGCCACUCCGGGGAAAUCGGCCACACGCCACACCCACACACCCAUCUUGGUUUAUCCAUCCACCACUCUGCAUCCGAAAGUCUGCUAGGUAGACAAUCUGUGUGCCCGUGGUACUGUGGUACCGUAUCACCGUGUGGUGCGUCGACUGUUCGAAAAAGGGGACAGACACAAAGCAAACCCAUGCUCCGUGCGCCGGAGAACAUUCCUCGAUCGUUCGCCAGCUCGUCGAGUCCUUCGGAGCUCGUGCGGGCCAAUGCAAAAACUCGGUGCAAGCGACUCACGCACCAAGCGUCCACCGCUGGCACCGCACGCUUGACCGCGGCCAUGAAGCUUGGAGGGGUAAGUGUAAUCCGCGAAAGCGGCGGAGGAAACGUGGGACACGAAAGCAAACGGGCGAUUUCAGAGUUUGCGAAAUAG